AUGUCUACCGGAGUUGGAAUGUCUUCGUGCUGCUUGACCGGCAAGGUCCAAGAGGGAACUCCCAAGGGCCAUGUUCAAACCAUCGCCGGUCUUCAGACAUAUGUUGCCGAGCCCAAAGACGGCUCAAAGACCAAGACUGUCAUUUUCCUUGUCGACAUCUUUGGUUGGGAGUUCAAGAACACUCGCCUGCUCGCAGACCAGUACGCCGCCAACGGUUUCACUGCCUACAUCCCCGAUGUCCACGAAGGUGACUCGCUGGACAUUGACUUCCUCCAGACAGUCGAGCCCCAGAAGACCGAGCGCGACUCUCGCUCACUUACCGAGAAAGCGGCUGCUACGGCAAAGACCGGAGCAACACUAGGCCCAUGGCUGCUCAAGCACCGCGAGAGCGUCGCUCGCCCUCUGAUCGAGAACUUCAUCAAGCAGGUUCGCAUGAUUCCUGGCACCAACAAGGUCGGCGUCAUCGGCUUCUGCUGGGGUGGUAGAUAUGCCAUCCUGGCCGGAGACAAGGACUUCAGUGGCGCCGAGGGUAUGGGUGUCGACGCCGUCUACAGCUGCCACCCUUCGCUCGUUUCCAUCCCUGGCGACUUUGAAGGCCUCGCCGUUCCUGCGUCCUUUGCGCUUGGCGAUUCCGACAGCUUGCUUGGAAGCAAGGAGGUUGACCAGAUCAAGGAGCUUAUGGCCAAGAAGAAGAGCGAGGGUAUCGACACCGAGGUUCGCGUCUAUGAAGACCAGGUCCACGGCUUUGCUCUGCGCGGAGACUGGAACUCGGAAAAGGACAAGAAGGCCAUGGAUGAAUCGUGCAAGCAGGGAAUCGACUUCUUCAACAAGCACCUGGCAUGA